CGCGGGCGCUGUGUUUUCAACUCGAGACAAGAAGACCAGGCCGCCAGCCACGCACGCGCAAACCGAAUCCACCAGCACCCAACGACCGCACCAACGAAUCCACCACAUCGCCGGCGACCCGUCCCAACUCGUCGUCGCGCGUCUCCGGCGUUGACACGGGCAACGCGGCUCCAAGAUCAGCGACGAGGAUGCUGAUGCUGAUCGACUGCUCGGGCUGCCGCACGCCGCUGCAGCUGCCGCACGGCGCGCCCUGCAUCCGCUGCGCCAUCUGCGGGGCCGUCACGCACGUCGCGGCCCCUCCCGCCGAACAGAGCCGCGGUGCGAUGCAGCUGGCGCCGGGGUGGGGCCCGCCCCCGCCAGCGGCGCACGGGCGGAAGCGCGCGGUGGUGUGCGGGAUCUCGUACCGGUACUCGCGGCACGAGCUCAAGGGGUGCAUCAACGACGCCAAUUGCAUGCGCCACCUCCUCAUGACGCGGUUCAACUUCCCCGACGACGCCAUCAUCAUGCUCAACGAAGAACAAACCGACCCCUAUAAAAUUCCAACGAAGCAUAACAUAAGGAUGGCCAUGUAUUGGCUUGUGCAAGGUUGUCAACCUGGAGACUCAUUGGUGUUCCAUUAUUCUGGCCAUGGAGCACAACAAAGAAACUACAGUGGAGAUGAGGUUGAUGGGUUUGACGAAACCCUCUGCCCCUUGGAUUUUGAGACACAAGGAAUGAUUGUGGAUGAUGAGAUAAAUACAGCGCUUGUUAGACCACUUCCUCAUGGAGUUAAACUUCAUGCACUCAUUGAUGCUUGUCAUAGUGGGACUGCACUUGAUUUGCCUUUCCUAUGCAGAAUGAACAGGAGUGGGCAAUAUGUAUGGGAAGAUCACCGGCCGCGAUCUGGUGUCUGGAAAGGCACUAGUGGUGGGGAGGCUAUUUCAUUUAGUGGUUGUGACGAUGACCAGACCUCUGCAGAUACUUCAGCUUUGUCAAAGGUCACUUCGACUGGUGCAAUGACAUUUUGCUUCAUCCAAGCUAUAGAACGUGGGCAUGGCACCACCUAUGGGAGUAUCCUGAACUCCAUGCGCUCGACGAUACGCAACACAGGUGACUCAGUGGGUGCUGGUGGUGGCGCCGUUACAUCGCUAAUUACAAUGCUUCUUACGGGAGGGGGCAUUACUGCUGGCGGGCUGAGACAGGAGCCACAGCUUACUGCAUCCGAGCAAUUUGAUGUCUACGCAAAGCCCUUUUCGCUAUGACGAUUGUCCGAUGUACUCCUAUUCCCGUUUCACGUUAUCAUCAUGUACAAAUCAUUGUUAGAACUUGGAAGUGCUGCAUCCAUCCCAUAAAUAGAGCUGACAUUUUUGCUUGUGGAUUUGACACUCGUAUUUACAAUGAUUACCUUUGAAAUGUUCCCAGUACGAGGGAAUGUACUUUA